AUACUUUCAAGAUGGCGGAAUUACGUGUUUUCGUUUUAAUUCAACUAUUUUCAGUAUGGAUAAAAGUUGGAUCGACGGCGUGCACAGAUACCCAUGCAGACUGCAACUACUGGAUGGGGAUACACGAGUGCGUUAUUAAUCCGCUAUACAUGAUGUGUUACUGUGCUCAGUCUUGUAACACUGGCGCCGAGUGUUCAGUAGCGGCAGGAGCUGACACAGACUGCGAAUGUGACUUCCACGCUUCCAGGGGAUCCUGUGAAACCAGUGACCUCGCAACUACUUGUCCUCAUACUUGUUCCCUAAGACAGACAGUCACGUGCCCUCCACAUGAGCACUACCCAAACGCCAUUGCUGUUGGUCAGAGGAGAUACCUUGAUCGAGUCACAUACGUAUGUAGCUAUGGAUACCGUAACGAUGGUGACGUCGGGCUGCGGGUGUGUGACUCUUCUGGAACAUGGAGGAACGCUAGUGGCACGCCAAUCUGUACGUAUGAUUCAAGCCUCCUGAUACCCUGCUCGUCAUUGGUGACUACAUUCGAACCUUGGUCUGUGCCAGUGGACAAGGUAGGGAUCCUGGACUGGCGUCAAGAUAUCAACCACUUGGAGUGCUCGGACAUGUGCUUGAGGGCGCCAGGGUGUUUAUACUUUGUCCAUGAUCAUGGAAGCAGGAAGUGCUUUCUGUACUACAACGUUGUUCGAUCCGGGUUCGGAAUAACAGAGACUGGUAGCGUGUGGAAGAAAGUGUUUCAUGUUCAGCCAGUUACGUACUACAGUUAAAGCACCCUCCAAAAAAAGUGCCCGUGAAGAUCCGGGUUACAAAUGAUCUUCAGUAACCCAUGCUUGUCGUAAGAGGCGACUGACGGGAU